AUGUUGUCAUCGAUGGCGGAGGCCGGCGGGUUGGCGGACCCAGUAGAGGGCGCUGGUGGUACCGCCGCCUGCUCCGUCGCUGGUGCCCAGGUUGCCGCCGCUGCUGCAGCAUCCACCGCGACUCCCUUGGUGCCGACACGGUCGCCUGCCAUCAACCCUCACUCCAAGGUUGAAAUCCAGUUUACGCUGCCGACCACACGGGAGCACGUUGACGCAGACGAGUGUGACGCGUUCGGCUUCGAGGAAGAGUCGGAAGAUGACUACGCCGCCGACAUCCUUACGCAAGUCUUGAUGACGAUCAAGGACGUCGACCGCAAUAAUGAUCCGGAGGAGGCAGAUCUGGAGAUGCGUGGAAAGGAGUGGUACAUCUUCAUCCUCGACAGCGGCGACGCCCGCCAGGCAGCAGCGGCUCUAAAGGCGAAGAUGUCGCAGCUGACGGACAACGAACUGCGUGUGAUGCUGAACGGCUUGGCCAGUGCUAUCAUCUAUCACAACACCUGGGCCGCUGUCUUGCACUUGGGGAUCCAAGAGAAGGCAACGCUGCGCCAUCUGGUCCUGCGCAUUGUCCUGAAGAUGCUCGUCGCGCACCGCUGUGUGCCGUGCGAGGCAGAGAAGUACGUGGCGGUUCUAGUAAAGAUGCUUAUCGUAGGCUGGGUAAGCAUGAAGGGGACUAUCGACACCGUCGAACUGUGCCUGCAGCACGAUGAGCUUAUCCAUGUCGGGCUGCGCAUCGUUGAGCACAGUUUCCAUAAGUCGCGAAGAGUCGUAGAACUUCGCGCCGCCUUAGCGACUCGGCCGCGUCUUGCGCGGCGCCUCGCGGAGCUGUACGCCACGGAGCCACGGUUUGAAGUGGAUGUGGCGCUUGUCACACGCUGGUGGCGCGGGACACCGCCGACAAUCUACUGCUCCGUGCCGAUGGAGAACUCCCAAGGGGAUUCGCUGUCGAACUCCGUGACGUGCAUGGCGUACUUCGGCGUCCGUGAUGAGGUGGUGACAGGUGACAUGAGCGGCGCAGUCACUCUUUGGGGUCCGCCGGGGUCGUCCCGUCAGCCGUCGGCCAAGAACCCGUUAGGGUUCCCGCACGUGAGCGUUCGCCCCCGCGGCGUCGUGCCGCUGCCGAUGAACUGUGUCCCUGUCGCGAUGGCUGGCCAGCGCUUGGAUGGGCAAUACCUUGCUAUUGCCGGCAUGCCAUUUAAGUCGCGCAAGCCGUACUCGAAGUACUGUGGGCGACCGGCCGUUAGGCCAUCCUCGACUUCGGCGGCUGCCACCGCGAUGGCGGCCGCCGAUGGUGCGGUGGACGGAGCGGGCGUGGCAGGGGAUGCGGCGAGCAUGGCGACAGGGGCGGCGGUCGGCACAGGCAGCGCCGGCGCUAUCAUCGUCAUCACAUGCAACGAGAACUCGAUCCGGUGGAACAAGGGCGAGAUCGUCCUGCGACCGCCAGGAAUUGCCCUGACCGCGAUCACGGCGUUCCGCAACUCUAUCGUUGCCGUGGGCGAGAGCGCUGUCAGCGCCGCGGCCGCUGGUGGGCCUGUGGCGGCGGGGAUGUUGGGCGGCAACGUCAGCGCCCCUCACAGACUUAGCUUUGUCGAUGUCAUGAGCGGCAGCGUCAUGCGCCAAAUUCCAAAGGCGCAUGACGACUACAUCACCGCGCUGACAGUGCUCGAGGAGAGCAGCUACGUUCUGCUCUCCGGUGGCCGCGAUGCCGCGGUGAAGAUGUGGGACCCGCGCUCGCGCGAGGACACCCCUGUCGUCAACACAGCGCUCUGCACCGGCGCGCUCCACCACGAAACCACCAUCUCCUCGAUCUACACGACCGGCUACAACAUCAUCACGACCGACGUCUACGGUGCCAUGAUCGUGUGGGACCUCCGCAGCAUGGCGGCGCCCUACAAGCGGCACCAAUUCGCGUACCCUAUCGCAGAGGCUACGCUCAUUCAACAGAAUCGUGCUGCACUCGCCACGACGCGCGGUAUCGUGACGGUCGCGCUUGACACGCUUGCGCCACAGGACCUGUACUACGAUAAGGGCAUCUGCACCCGCUUGCUGGCGAACGACGCCGGUAACCUCCUUUUCGUAGCGCGGGAGGGCAAGCUGGACGUGUUUGCCGUGUCGAACUUCUAA